UGGGAUUGGUCCGUUGAAUUCUCUCUUAGCUCUGUUAAACAGAGAUUCGCUUCAUGAUGCCUCAGAGGAACCCCUUGUGUUCAGCAAUGGAUCAGUCCGAUCCUGAUCUCCCUUCCAGACGCUGCCAGGUGGACUGUACCACUGAGGUGGCAGUGGAGGGAGGUCAGAGGAACGGGGGUGGUGCUGCUUCGUCCUCCCCAGAGAGUAGCAGUGUGAAUGGAGACGGCAAUGGGAAACGCAGUGGGAAGAGGCGUCGCCGUCGUAAACGCUCCGCUCAACCCGAUAACCGCCCAGCUACGGUUGCUAUGAUGACUCCGCUGCCACCACCACCACCUGGCCAGGAGAAGGGGGAGGAGCCCCAGCUUUGCCAGAAGGGCAGUAGCUGCACCUCUCCCGACCCUGCUCCUGACUCCCCCGGCGCGGUCCUGCUCGGCCUGCGGUCUGAGUGUGGUUCAGUGUGGUUUGACCGCAAUGUGUAUGAGCAGGCUGAGAGUCUGUAUCAGUGCUGGUUGGCACACUCUGCCAACGGGUCGAUGACACGGCCCAUCGGCUCACCCCCAACCCUGACGACUGACAACCACCCCACCUCCUCUCAACCCUCACUAUCACCCUCACCCCAAGCCCCGAACCACCCCAGCAACCAUCCACCCAUAGUUGCCAAAGAGCAUUGCAUUGUUGCAGAGCCACUGCAGCCAGCAGCCCCAGAAUUCCUAGCCCUCCCUGCCAACAGCCCCAGCACACCAGCCACGCCAGACGAGGGGUACCUGUCCCUGGCCCAGACCCCCCAGGCAGCCUCCACAUCUCCACUGACCCCGGCCCCUGGCCAGCCAGUGAAUGGGCUCCCCCGUCUCCCCGUGGAGCUGCUGAGGGACGUGUGGCUGGAGAAACCUCUCUACGACCGGGCCGAGGCAGCCUUCUACCAGAGCCUCUAUGGAAACAACCGCUCUCCCACCGGCAACAACCUGGGUGGUGGAGCUUCCACCUCACGUACCAACCCCAACGCUCCCUCAACCUCCAGAGGUAGUGGAGACCACCCACAGAGUCUUGUUGAAGAAGAAGAAGAGGAGGAGGAGGAAGAAGUGGUAGAAGAAGAAGCCGUGGUCUCACAGGGGAAGCUCGAAGUCUUCCACGCUCUGCGCACCAUUCAGGAGGAGGAGGAGCCUGCUGAUGUCGCAGAGGAGGAAGGUGGGGCCAUGUCGAUGGGAGGAGUCUGCUACUUCCUGCAUCCAGACAGCGAGAGGGUUUGGCUGGACCAGAGACGCUACGAGGCUGCAGAGAGCCGUUUCUACAGUUACCGUCAGAUUGUACCUGCUGAGUCAACAGUAGCAGACAGAGAGGAGGGGGCUCGUGGGCAAGAAGAUGCUGUGGUGUCGGCAACAUUGUUACCACAACCGUCAUCGGUCGCCUGCACCGGCCCUCUGAGGGACAACACCAUGAGUUCAGCAGUAGACUACUUUGUCCAGGAGAAGAUCUGGUUUGAUAAGCCUCGCUAUGAUGAUGCGGAGAGACACUUCUACGAAUGCAUUAACAGCACCUCACACCCAGCACAGGAGCUGGGAGCCAACACCAUCCUGCAGGACAUAGCCCGGGCCAGAGAGAACAUCCAGAAGUCCCUAGCAGGACUGAAGAAUUCGCUGUUACCUAGCAGAGGCUUUGAUCAACCCCAGAAACCCCAUCCUAGUGCAGCUAAUGGGGCAGGAGAUCAAGGCGAACUCAUCACACGGAUUAAGAGCCUGGAGCUAGAGAACAGCAGUCUGAACCAAGUGGUGGAGGACCUGCGGUUGGCUCUGUCUAAAUUGGAGUGUCGGGUAGCGGUGCUGGAGAAAUCACCGUCACCAGCUGCAGCCCCAGUCUCUGCAGCCCCCUGUACAAAUGGAACCUCUGUCCAGCAGCAGAAGACCAGCCCCCCAGUGGAGGAUGAAGAUGAUGAUGAUGAUAUGGACUUGUUCGGCAGCGAUGAAGAGGAGGAUGCGGAGGCUGAGCGACUCAAAGAGCAGAGGCUGAAAGAGUACGCAGAGAAGAAAGCAAAGAAACCCACCCUCAUCGCAAAGUCCUCCAUCCUAUUGGACGUCAAGCCUUGGGAUGAUGAGACAGACAUGGCUAAGCUGGAGGAAUGUGUGAGGUCUGUUGUCGCUGACGGUCUACUUUGGGGUCAAUCUAAGCUGGUUCCUGUGGGUUAUGGUAUCCGGAAGCUACAGAUCCAGUGUGUUGUCGAGGACGACAAGGUCGGGACAGACCUGCUAGAGGAGGAGAUUACAAAGUUUGAGGACUUUGUCCAGAGUGUUGACGUAGCAGCUUUCAACAAGAUCUGAUUCUGACCUUCUUCCUUUUCAUUGGGCCCGUCCCACCUGGCACCCCAUUCACUCUGUCGUGCUCUACUUUAAGCCCUAUGAGCUGUUCAAAGGUAGUGCACUAUAUAGAGAAUAGCGUGUCAUGUGGGACAUAACCAUGUUCCCAGUCCGUCCCUUGCUGCUGUUUGUGUCACUCAUGGUUAAUAAUAAAGAGCUUUUGGUGCACUUUAA